AUGAGACUUUUGUUCGAUGCGAACGGUUUGAAGACAGGGAAGACUAUAUCCGCAAAAGAUUACUCGACCUUGGGCUUGAUUUGCCCAAUUUACCAGUUUAUGUAAAAUUUGAUUUGCGUCAUGGAUAUUCAAUUGGGUCAUCUGCAAAAAAUAAAAAUCAUAAAAUAGAACAAACGUUUUUAAUCGAACGCCAUUAUUUUAAGUUUACAUUGAAUGUUGAUAAGCUCCAAUUAUCUCAAGCUUUUAAAAAUGUCAUAAAUAUGCUUUCUCAUAAAUACGACAAAAAUGACAAAAAUAAUGUUGAAAUGUGGAUAAAUUUUUUUGAACAAAAUGGAACUCGUGUGGUUCAAUCUGUCUGGGUUGGUGGUUAUUGUUCCAUAACUGUCAAAAAUGAUUCAUCUAUUAUAAAUGCCCAAAAUAAUAAACUCAUCAUGGCCGCAAUUCAAGCUCGUAUUUUCGAUCCUCAGAUGCAAUUCGAACUUUACGAUGAAACCGAGGAAUUUAACAUUUAA